AUGGCUUUCCGUGCCUCUGCUCUGAAGGGAGCCGUUGCUGCUGCCAUUUGUGUGGCUCUGGUUAUGUGCUGGGUGGGGAAACCAGCAGAAGGGGCGCCAUCCUGCGCCAUUCGUCGUUGCAUCUCCGAAUGUCCUUCCAAGUGCAACAAGAAAGCCGCGAGCUCUUGCGGGGCCCCUAUCGGUGGUAUAGAUGAAGCUAAGUGCAAGUUCAACUGCGGUAUGGGCUGCAAAGCCAACUGCCCUAAAGGGACUACGUGUGACUGCGACAGCGCAUGCGACAGUCACUGCAAGAGCACUCCAGGCCCUACAUACACUGUGUGCAUGUCUAUGGUCUUUCAUGGGUGCAAGGACUCCUGUGAAAAGGAAUGCAGGGGUGAAAAAGUGAAUAGCUAA